GUUGUGCAUCUCCCUAUUCAUCUCUGCGGCCGGCAAGAGUUUGUCUCCUCCAUAAUAUUACAUACUUCAUGAUUCAUGAUUCAUUCAUGAUUGAUGCAGCCUAGCAUCUAGUGGUAAUUUUCUAAACUACAUGUAAUACUUUCCUGAUACAUUCUUCCAGCUUCUGUUUUUUGUACUCCGAAACGAAGUAUUAGAUGCAGUGCGACGGAUUGCGUUAAAAAUUGAAGAGCUUAAGAACACCGCAUGAGGAAACAUAACCGCAUUAUCUAAAAAUGUUUCACGGGUGCAGACAACUUUACACAAUUGGAUUGAGAUUCCAAUCAAAAACACACUCACGAUGUAUCGGUACAUUAACUAAAGCAGAAGCAAAAAAGAAGAGAAAUCAAUUAUACGAUGAAGAGCUAAAGAGACAACGAGCUGCUGUAGGAAGAAUUGAAAAAAUAGAUGUUAAAUAUCAUGGGCCAACCGAAGAAGUAAUUCUUGCGAUGAAUAAGAACCUUUCCACACCUCAUGAUUGUGCAAAACAUAUUUCUGAGGGUCUUACAAAAGUUGCAGCAUUGGCUCUUGUUAAUGAAAAACCCUGGGACAUGCACAGACCUUUAACUGGUCCAUGUGAUUUAACAUUCACAACACUGAAGGCUCCUAAUAUCUCGACUAACAGAGCAUUUUGGCGUACUUGCUCUCUCAUCCUUGGCGCUGUAGCAGAGAACGCCUUCAAAGACGAUGUUGAAGUUCAUCUACAUAGCUUUCCAGCGCCAAGUAUUAAAUCAGGUAGCUUUAUAUCUAAUGUAUAUCUAAAUCUACCUGACUGGCAACCAACUGUUCCCGAACUACAAGCAAUGUCAGCACUAUUCGUAAAGCUAAUACUGCGUGAAUUACCAGUGGAACGAUUGGUGGUCCAGGAAGAUCUAGCCAUAGAAAUGUUCCAAGAGAAUCGAUUUAAAAUUAAACAAAUACCAGAUAUUGCCAAACAUAAUGAGAACAGGAUAACACUAUACAGAAUAGGAGAUCACAUAGACAUUAGUAAAGGACCUAUGGUGGGCAAUACAAGUCUAGUGGGUCGUACUACAGUUGCUGCAGUGCAUAAAAUACAAACAGACGAGGGUGAAAAUUUGUACCGGUUUCAAGGAGUGGCCAUACCUAGUGGAAUUCUGAUGAAUUCAUUUGCCUACGGUCUGUUGGAGGAACGCGCUAAGAAAUUAAACAACGUUUCGUGGAUGCCACAAAGAAUUGAAGAGGACAUGGAGGAAAAAUUGACGAUUGCGGCUCAAAACUAAUCUCUAUCCAAUGUGUAAUAACAUAAGUGUAUAUAAAUAUAGAUGACAAAAAAGACGAAAUUUCUGAAAUCA